AUGGAUGAACAGAUAAAAACUUAUUCUGAAUGUUUAAAUAAAUUAUAUAAAACACAUUCUUUAAAAUUAAGUCUUGAUAACCCAAAAAAAUUGAGCGAAUCAUUUGAUAAUCCUUGUGAUAAAUAUAAAACAAUUCAUAUAGCUGGUACUAAUGGAAAAGGAUCAGUUUGUUAUAAAAUAUAUUCUUGUUUAAAACUAAAAAAAUAUAAAGUAGGUUUAUUUUCUUCUCCUCAUAUAUUUUCAUUAAGAGAAAGAAUAAUGGUAAAUGAUGAAUUAAUAAGUGAAGAAGAUUUAAUUUUUCUAGUAAAUGAAAUAUUAAAAAAAAAUAAGGAGAUUAAUAUACAGCCGACAUUUUUUGAAAUUAUAACAAUGGUUGCAUAUUUGCAUUUUUUAAAUAAAAAAGUCGAUUAUGCAGUCAUUGAAACUGGAAUGGGAGGAAGAUUAGAUGCUACAAAUAUUUUAAGUAAACCAGAAUUAAUUGUAAUUACUUCUAUUGGCUAUGACCAUUUACAUAUAUUAGGCAAUGAACUAAAUCUUAUAUGUAAUGAAAAAAUUGGUAUCUUUAAAAAAAACGCAAAUGUAGUUAUAGGUCCUUCGGUUUCUAUUUAUAAAAAUGUUUUCAAAAAAGCAAAAGAAUUAAAUUGUAAUAUAACGUCAGUUUUACCUGAACCAAGAGGAGAAACAUAUAACGAAGAAAAUUCAAGAAUAGCUUUAGAAGCAUUAAAAAUUUUAAAUAUAAAUGUAGAUAAUUUUUUGAAAUCAGUUAUUAAUAUUAAGCCACCUCUAAGGUUACAAUAUUUAGCUCAAGAACAAAUUUAUCAUAUAAAAAAAAAAUUUAUUUCAGAUAAUUCGGAAAAUAAUUUUUCUUUAUAUCCUCAUGCAGUUAUAUUAGACGUUGGCCACAAUGAAACAGCUAUUGAUAGAUUAUGUAGAGAUAUAAACUAUUUUCAUAAAGAUAAAUUAAUAAGAAUUUGCAUAUCUUUGACAAAACCAAGAGAUUUAAAUAUAUUCCGUCCUUUUAUUGCUCAAUUUUCUUAUACACUGAAGGAUAUUUUUUAUUUUCCUUCAAUGAACCCUCGGACAUACGACUUUGAAGAGAUUAUUCAUAUUAUAAAUAAUGAUGAUAAAAUAGAUGAUAAAUUAAAAUAUUUAAUUUUAGAUAGUUCUCAGAAAGUAAAGCAAUGGUUGAUAUGUAAUGACAAGGGAAAUAUUAAUGAUGAAGGAAAAACUGACAAAUCAUAUAAAAGGGGUACUAUUCCAUUAAUUGUGAAAAAUGCUUUUCUAGAAUGUUGUAAAGAUAAUUCUAUUUUGUUAAUUGUUGGAACAUUUUUCAUGUUUGAUGAAGUUUUAAAUGCGUUUGAUAUUCAUUCAAAUAUUCAGGAUUCAAUUUAUAUGAACGAACCAUUUUUUGUUUAA